GCAUGUGAUCUGAAUCCAGUCGUUUCAGGCCUGGUCUGGAGCAGCUGUGGCUCGCUGCACCUCAUGACGUGCCUGCCUGUGACGUCAACUAUGGCUGGAUCCAGCACUCGCGCCUUCACUCACCAUAGGCUCCUGCCCCGCUUCUGUGCCCUCGAGCUGUAUAUAAACAGCCUCUUCCCCUCCGUCAUUGUCUCAUCACAACACUCACAUCACAAACUCUACUACCUUCCAAACAAACAACCACCCCAACCAACCUUCAAUAUGUCUGCUCCCAACGCCAACAAGCCCAACGAGGGUAUCGUCGGUCAGAUCGGCAACUCCAUCUCCAACGCCGCCAACUACGUCUCCGAGACCAUCCAGGGCAGCUCUGCUGAGGCUUCCAAGGAGGCCAACAAGCAGCAGGCCAAGGGCAACGUUCCCGGACAGGACUCCAUCGGCGACCGUGUCUCCGGUGCUCUUGGUGCCGCUGGCGACAAGAUCGACCAGUCCAAGCACGAGGGCUCCGCUGAGGCCAACAAGCGCUCCGUCUAAACAUCUCAUUCGAAUCACUUGAGAACGUCAGCAUAACACUUCAUCAACCUAGCGGUCGACGACUUCACAAUGCGGUUCGCAACGGAAUAUCGAUAGGAUCAGAUUGGAAUGCAGUGCGACAUUUGUCCCUGCAGCAUGAUUAUGAGGCUAUGAGAUACCAAUAAAUACCUUUCACCUUC